AUGUCGAUAGAAGUAAAAAAGGCUGUGGAUGUUGAUAAUCUCGUCAUUCCUAUAAUAAACUUCUCCAACUUCCUCACUGGCACUCCCUCGCAACGUCUCCAAACUGCUCAAUCCAUUCUCCACGGUUUCCGCACCGCAGGGUUUAUCUACCUUUCCCACCACCCUAUUCCUCCACCCGUCCUAUCCCACACCUUUUCCACAUCCGCCAAAUUCUUCGCUCGUCCCUCUUCUGAAAAAGAUCCAUUAGCCUGGACCACACCCCUCGCAAAUCGCGGAUAUGUAGCCCAUGGUCGCGAGAAAACCACCACACUCACAGAUAAAGAAGAGGUUGAGAAAUUGAAGGCCCAAGCGCCAGAUUUAAAAGAGAGUUUUGAGAUUGGACGUGAAGGUCAAGAACAACUACCUAAUAAUUGGCCUGCUAUUACUCCUUCAGACCCUGAUGCCAAAGAGUUCAAAGAGACGAUGUUGAAGUUCCAUGAUUUGUGCAAGGAGCUUCAUAUAAAUGUUAUGCGAGCCAUUGCUCUUGGCAUGUCGCUUCCCGAAUCCUAUUUUGAUGGAUUCACAAGUGCAGGAGAUAAUACACUUCGCUUACUCCAUUAUCCACCUGCGAAAGCAAGUGUAUUUAAGGAAAAUAAAUUGCAAGUUAGAGCCGGGGAGCAUACAGAUUAUGGGAGCAUCACACUCCUUUUCCAAGAUGAUAGAGGAGGACUCCAAGUUAAGAGCCCCAAAGGAACAUUUGUUGAUGCGACACCAGUGCCGGGAACCGUGGUAGUUAAUGCAGGAGAUUUGUUGGCGAGGUGGAGUAAUGAUUUCAUUAGGAGUACAUUGCAUAGAGUCGUGGAACCACCUCCUAAGGAGGGGCAAGAGGUUCCGGAAGAGGGUGUCUAUCCUGCGAGAUAUAGUAUUGCGUACUUUUGUAAUCCAAAUUUCGAUCGGAUGAUUGAAGCAAUUGAGGGAACGUAUGGUGGGGAACUCGGGGAGAGAAAAUAUGAGGGGAUUAAUUCGGGAGAGUAUCUGGUACAGAGAUUGGCUGCUACUUAUUAA